AGUUGCCAAUUUGAAGCGUUCGCGACCGGACGUAAGAGUGGUGUGCUGUGGCAGUAGUGGCUUAGAGCUUUCAUAGCGCUUACUGCAGCUUUGUUGAAAGUGAAAUGUGCUGGCUUAAACAAUGACAAAACGUAUGCCACUAACAAACAAGCCAUCAUUCGUAAUGAAUCAUAAUUACGUGCGAGCUUGUUGAAGCAGGUCCCUUAAUAAAUUUUGAGAAGAGGAUAAUCCGACCAGCUCUAUAUUUACUCUCUAUGAAUUAUCUAUUUAUAUUUUGAUUUUCUGCUGUUGAUUAAGAAACUCACCCUAUAUAAAUAAUCACAAGCAGAAUGCGUUCUAUAAUAUUACUUACAUUUCUGCUCCAAUGGCAACUACAUACAGUCACAGCGUCGGAGAACUCAACUGCUGUGCUCACUAAAUUUCUAGCAAAUGUUAAUCAAAAUCUCGCUGGGCUCUACAAUCGUGAAGUGUUCGCCAACUGGCAGCUGGAAAUAAAAGGACCAAAUGACUUAUAUGCGAUCCUGCAGUCAGAGCUUGCCAGCGAAGAGAUCAUGAAAUACAUACAAAGUAUAGCCGCCAAAUGUGCUAAGUUCAAACGCCUAAAAAUAGGCAACGAACAACUGCAACGCGAAUUAGCGCAAGUGCCCGAAACUGGCUACGAAGCUUUGCCGGCUACGGACCUCAAAUUGAUGUACAUCGUCACCACAAAUAUGGGUCACAUCUACAAGAAUACGAAAUUAUGUGCAUUUCAUGAUCGGCGACAAUGCAAUUUGACUUUGAUACCAGCGGUGCAAAAUAUUUUGCAUAAUAGUGACAAUGUUUCGGAAAUCGAGUAUUAUUGGUUGGAGUGGCGUCGCAAGACGGGCAUGGCGGCGAAGGAGGAUUUUGCCACAUUUGUGGAAUUAUAUCGGAAGACAGCGCAAUUGAAUGGCUUUGCGACACCAUCCGAGUUUUGGUUCAAGGACCUGGAGGAGGAUGGCACGCAAGCGGCUAGCAUGUUGGCGCAAUUUAUGCAACGCUUGCAACCGCUCUUGCAGCAAUUUCAUGCUCAUGUACGUGGCCAGCUGCGUAGGCUAUAUGGCGAGGAACUGAUACCGCGUUAUAAGCCGGUUCCACAAAAUCUUGCAGAGAUUUUCAUCGGCAACGCCUAUCGACGCGCUGAUCCUGAAUGGUAUAUAGAAUUUCCUUACCCCGAAGUGGGCAUGCCAAACAUAACUGAGGGUCUGCUGCGACGUGGUUUGAAUAAUGCACAACGCGUUUUCUGGAAUGUUGCAGACUACUUUCGCUCGCUGGGUAUGCCCCAAAUCGAAGACACAUUUUGGUCCGAAAAUGCACGUCCAAAGGCCGAUUUGAAUGAAGAGAGCAUGCGUUGCUGGCAUAAGGCUUGGAAAUUUUACGGCAUACAGCGUGUGAACUUCUCCUAUUGCCCGUCGGUGGAUGAGGAGCGCUUCUUUAAUAUGUUCGAGGCCCUUACUGAUCUUUAUUACUACCGCGCGUAUGAAGAGCAGCCUACUCUGUUCGCCGAAGAACCAUUUCCUAAUUUCAGCGAUGCUUUGGGCAAAAUGUUCUCUUUGGCCGCCUCAUCGCCAAGAUAUUUGGAGAAGCUGAAAGCCUUGGAUCGCGGACUUAUAUCUAAAGAAUUGAGAAUUAAUCGACUUUACUGGCAGGGUCUUCGUACUAUAUUUUUGCUACCCAUCUUCUAUGUUCUCGAUCGUUACCGGGUGGAUGUACUUGAUGGUCGCCUAAAUAUAUCAGACAAUUGUGCUUAUUGGCAGCUCACGAGCGAUUUUACGGGCGCAGAGCCACCAGUGAUUAGAAGUAAUGAAGAUUUCGAUGCACCAGCUAAAUUGCUAGUUGAAGUGGAUGAUCAAUAUACCAGUCAAAUUAUGAGCACCCUCUUGCAAUAUCAACUCUACAAGCAUUUUUGUGAAAUAUCUGGUCAAUAUAAACCUGACGAUCCAAAUUAUCCACUCGAUUUAUGCGAUCUAUCAGAUCAACGGCAAGUAGGACCCUUAGUGUGGCAAGCUAUGUCUUUCGGUUCCUCUCAAUCUUACAAGGAUAUUUUACACAUUAUGACAAAUGAAACUGCAAUCAAUAUGGAGGGUUUACUGGCCUACUAUCAGCCCCUGUACGAUUGGUUGGUGGAGCAAAAUCGCUUGGAUGGUGUAGAAAUCGGUUGGGAGCCAACAACAAAGUGCAGUACCGAACAUGAUGCGGAAUAAUAUAUAGUUUAGCAGUUUAGCUUAUUUAAUUAACACCAAGUUGAAUAUGUACGUUGUUUAAAUGGUUAAUACCAACCGUAAACUUCAUCUGAUUCUAGCAGUACAUUUCUAGGCGC